CGGAAAACGCGAACGAAGAAACGCAUUCGCGUACCAAGGUAUCCAUGCUUUCCAAUUAUUGGACAGACAGCCACUACGUCCACCUGUUUUUACCGGGAGCAAAGCGAGGGAGAUGACAAACGCAAACAAAAGGUACGAUUGGCCAUGGCUUCAGGAGAUAGCAAUAUUAUGUACAUGGACACCUCAGAGAGUCGAGCGUUUUUUGUCCGACCUGAAGAAACAGGAGCAAGUGGGAGCCACAGCAACAAACAAGAUGAAAUGUCAACAUUGAGGAAAGCUAAAGGUCGUCCAACAAAUGAAACAAAUCGAAAUCCGUCAGGCUCAUCUCCUUCUGCCACAUCUUCUGGUAGCAAGUUGACUUCUAAGCCUGCUGGUGCGAGAACCAAGAGGAAGAGAGAGACUACGGCUAAGAGGCGCGUUCGUAUCGAAGUGGAGCCGGUUGUAGGGAGUAGCGCUGCUGCGCAAUUGUUUCGCAAAAAGCGUCUAGCGCUUCGCGACUUCGCUCAGCAACAUCUAGACCAGUGCGCGCCGCGACAUCACGUUGGUAGGCUUUUUUCGCCGCACGCAUAUUGUGAUGG